CAAACCAAAAUGUUCAAGAGAGUAAUGAAAUUAUUAAAAUUAAAAGAAAAAAAAGAGAAACAAGGUUUAAGAGAGAGAGAGUUGGAAUUGGAAGACGCAAAUUGAGCCGCAUCCUUGCGAUUUCCGAUUACUGCACUCAUUCACUCACUCCACAAAUUGAUUGAAUGGCGUCGAAGUUGAAGGCUUUGCAGUCCAAAGCAUGUCAAGCAUCCCAAUUUAUAUCCAAGCAUGGAACUGUUUACUACAAGCAAUUGUUGGAGAAGAACAAAGAAUUUAUUCAGGAGCCUGCUACAAUUGAGAAAUGCAACCUUUUGUCAAAGCAAUUACUUUACACCCGCCUUGCUAGCAUUCCAGUUCGUCGUGAGGCCUUCUGGAAGGAACUUGAUCAUGUCAAACAAUUAUGGAGGAACAAGCAAGACUUAAAGGUUGAAGAUGUAGGCGUUGCUGCUUUGUUUGGUUUGGAAUGCUAUGCAUGGUAUUGUGCUGGUGAGAUUGUUGGAAGGGGAUUUACUUUCACUGGUUACUAUGUCUGAAAAUAGCCACUUCCAAGUGUAGAUUUUUGCAGUCCUAUAUAGGCGUUAUGCCGUUUUAUACACUCGAAUAUGGGCAUUCUGUUAUUCUGAUUUUAUUUUUACUUUGAGAAAACAUGUUUGAGUAACUAGUGGUUAACUUGGAUAAGCCUCAAUAACCCCUUGUACUUGAAGCGGGAAGGACCUUGUGGUGCAACUUUUCAAUGACGAUGAUUGUCCUGCAAUUUUUUAAAA